GGGCCGUUAGGGCUCAGGCCUGAGGGCCGCGGGGAGCUACGUGUGGACUGAUCCCGAGCUGCGAGAGGGCUGGGGGCUGCGCGCGGCCGGCUGGUGAGUUUUGUCAGUGGCUGUCUCAGGAGGAGGUUCUAGCGCUACCAAGCCCUGCGACCGCCCUCCUGCGCCGGCGGUGACGAGAAAUCCCAGGUCCCGUCUCUCUCCUUCCCGUCUUUCCGCGCCGCCUCUUUUUACCUUGGAGAUUCUCAUCCACUCCAAACAAAACAAAGUUGAACUUAGUCUUUAGCCGUUACCGUCAAGCCCCUCACUAGGCCGGGGAAGUUCCCAAUUCUAGUCGCGUAAAGGGUGUCUGGGGACCUCUUAACCGCCUGAGGAGAGAAGUAAACCAAGACCAGAGAGAAGAAUCCAGAAAUCUUAGAAGAAUCUCUGUGGACUGAAGAUUUUACUCAAAGUAAUAGAUUUCUGUUGGUUACAGUGGGAGGGACCUAGCAACUUUUCAGAACGGUUGACUACUGGAGGAUAAUGAUGAUAAUUAGGAGCCAAGUAGAUUACCUGUAAAUAAUCCUCACAACAGCUCUGCAAGUGGCUAAAGUGAACUAACAAUGGCCAGCAAUCUCAAAACUUCAGCAGCUCGCCCUAUUUCUCGAGGUGGACUUGGGUUGACAGGAAGGCCUCCUUCUGGAAUACGACCCCCAUCAGGAAAUAUUCGAGUAGCAACUGGAAUGCCACCUGGGACAGCAAGACCAGGUUCUCGUGGUGGUCCCAUAGGGACUGGUGGAGUUCUGUCUUCUCAAAUCAAAGUUGCUGAUCGUCCUGUAACACAACAAGGUUUGAGUGGAAUGAAAACUGGAAUGAAAGGUCCGCAAAGGCAAAUUUUAGACAAAUCCUAUUAUCUUGGGCUUCUGAGAAGUAAAAUAAGUGAACUUACAACUGAAAUUAAUAAACUUCAGAAAGAAAUAGAAAUGUACAAUCAAGAGAAUUCAGUGUAUUUGUCAUAUGAAAAGAGGGCUGAGACUUUAGCUGUUGAAAUCAAAGAGUUUCAAGGACAACUAGCAGACUACAACAUGUUGGUAGAUAAACUUAAUACCAAUACUGAAAUGGAAGAAGUAAUGAAUGAUUACAAUAUGCUUAAAGCUCAAAAUGAUCGAGAAACGCAAAGUAUGGAUAUCAUAUUUACUGAAAGACAAGCGAAAGAAAAACAAAUUAGAAGUGUUGAAGAAGAAAUUGAACAGGAAAAACAAGCAGCAGAUGGCAUUAUCAAAAAUAUGUCUCCAGAAAAACAAAUAAAGUACAUAGAGAUGAAAACCACAAAUGAAAAAUUAUUGCAGGAAUUAGAUACACUUCAGCAACAACUAGACUCACUGAACAUGAAAAAAGAGAGCCUAGAAACUGAAUUAGCACACUCCCAGGUUAAACAGGAGGCUGUAUUGCUGCAUGAAAAACUUUAUGAGUUAGAGUCCCAUCGGGAACAAAUGAUUGCAGAAGACAAAAGCAUGGGAUCUCCAAUGGAAGAGAGAGAGAGAUUACUUAAGCAGGUUAAAGAAGAUAAUCAGGAAAUAGCCAGCAUGGAGAGACAAUUGACAGACAUAAAAGAAAAAAUAAAUCAGUUUAAUGAAGAAAUUAGACAACUUGACAUGGAUUUAGAGGAACACCAAGGUGAAAUGAAUCAGAAAUACAAGGAGCUAAAAAAAAGAGAGGAAAACAUGGACACUUUUAUUGAGACUUUUGAGGAAACGAAGAAUCAGGAACUGGAACGGAAGACACAGAUAGAAGCCAACAUUGUUGCACUUUUGGAGCACUGUAGUCGUAAUAUAAAUCGUAUGAAACAGAUAUCCUCUAUCACCAAUCAAGAGCUAAAGAUGAUGCAGGAUGACCUCAAUUUUAAAUCUACUGAAAUGCAGAAAUCACAGAGUACAGCUAGGAAUUUGACAUCAGACAGUCAACGUCUACAAUUGGAUCUGCAAAAAAUGGAGCUUCUGGAAAGUAAGAUGACAGAGGAACAACAUUCUCUUAAAAGCAAAAUUAAACAAAUGACAACUGAUCUGGAAACAUAUAAUGAUUUGCCAGCUUUAAAAUCAUCAGGUGAAGAAAAGAAAAAGAAAUUACAUCAGGAGAGAGUGGUAUUAUCAACCCGUAGAAACACUUUUAAGAAAAUAAUGGAGAAGCUAAACACAGAGUAUGAAACACUGAAAACACAGUUGCAAGAAAAUGAGACACAUUCUCAGCUUACAAAUCUGGAAAGAAAGUGGCAACACCAUGAGCAAAAUAAUUUCGUGAUGAAAGAAUUCAUAGCAACCAAGAGUCAAGAGAGUGAUUACCGGCCAAUUAUGAAAAAUGUGACCAAGCAGAUCGCAGAAUAUAAUAAGACUAUUGUGGAUGCUCUACAUAGCACCAGCAGAAAUUGAGUCUCAUCAACUAAAAAUCUCUAAAGAAGCAUCUUCUUGCUGUUGAGUUUUAUACAUGCUGAUCCAAAAAAAAAAAA